AUGGGUUCACAAAAAGAGUUCCAGAGUCUAACUCUACUGUGGCUACUGUCCUUGCAGGAAAUGAUGGCCUUUAAAUCACUGGAAGUGCUCAGCCACAGAUGCAAUCAUAAUACGGUUUACUUCGAUGUAUUUAACAUGUCGAUCAUUGAGAAUCGUAUUUCCUGUGAGAUGAAGACGAAAAUUAAGAUCCCAGCUGGCAUAACGUUUCAUAUCAGUCUUGAGAGGGGCUUGAGCCUCAAUGGAACGUACAACACAUUCUUUAAGUACGACAUUGACUUUUGCAGGCUGAUCAGCACUUCUCGGAACAACCUGUUUAGACGGUGGAUUCUUAGCCUGGCCAAGCAUGGGCAGAUUCCGAAUCGUUGUCCCUGGCCGGUUGGCCAGUAUUAUGUCAGAGAUUGGCUGCUGAGUAACGAUCUAAUACCGCAAUUCGUGGUCUCUGGCCAUUACAAAAGUAAAGUUAUGUCCUACCUUGGAAGCUUUGGCUCAGAAUCUUUUGAGCUUCUGUACAACUGUGAAGUUAUUUCGAAAUUGAUUUAG